AGCUUGGCGUCUCAGUCCCAGAGCCUAAGCUCAGCGGCGGCUUCUUGCACCCGGACUCCAGCGUCAGCCCGGACCAGGACUCGGAACCGGUCCCAGACCUAGAGCCUCUCCAGCGGCAGUGCAGGGAUCCGGGCUUCCCAUAAUAACUUACUCGGCGUGGCUCUGCUACCCUUGGGAGCUCCGAGUGAGCCUCUGCAAACUCCGCCUGCUGCACCUGCCACCCCUGAGCCAGCUGGGUUGCCUGAGUGAACCAUGGCCAACGCGGGACUGCAACUCCUGGGCUUCAUCCUGGCCUUCCUGGGCUGGAUGGGAGCUAUUGCCAGCACAGCGAUGCCCCAGUGGAAGACUCACUCCCAUGCGGGUGACAACAUCGUGACGGCCCAGUCCAUCUAUGAGGGGCUGUGGAUGUCCUGUGUGUCACAGAGUACCGGGCAGAUCCAGUGCAAAGUCUUCGACUCCUUGCUGAAUCUGCACAGCACUCUGCAAGCAACCCGAGCCUUGAUGGUGAUUGGCAUCCUGCUGGGACUAAUAGCCAUCUUCGUGGCCACCAUUGGCAUGAAGUGUAUGAAGUGCCUAGAAGACGAUGAGGUCCAGAAGAUGCGGAUGGCUGUCAUUGGGGGCGUGAUAUUUCUUAUUUCCGGUCUGGCUAUUUUAGUUGCCACAGCAUGGUAUGGCCAUAGAAUUGUUCAAGAAUUCUAUGACCCUAUGACCCCAGUCAAUGCCAGGUAUGAAUUUGGUCCUGCUCUCUUCACUGGCUGGGCUGCGGCUUGCUUCUGCCUUCUGGGAGGUGCCCUACUUUGUUGCUCCUGUCCCCGAAAAACAACCUCUUACCCAACACCGCGGCCCUAUCCAAAACCUGCACCUUCCAGUGGGAAAGACUACGUGUGACCCAGAAGCAAAAGGAGACAACCCUGGAACAAACAGAAAAUGGACACUGAAAUACUAUUAUUGACUUUAAGACCUUUAAACUUGGACUAUCAUAGUCUGAACUGUGGUAUUUUUAAAAAAAAUAUUUUUUUAAA